AUGACGACCAGAACGAUAUCUACCGCAUCAAAGCCGAAAGUGCAUGGCGCUAUCUUCGACAUGGACGGUACGUUGCUGGACACAGAAGAGCUGAGUCGCCUUGCUAUCGAUGGCAUCAUGCGUCAGUUCGGCAAGGAGUUUACCAUGGCCAUGCACAAGACCAUCUUGGGUCGCCCUGCACUCGAGUGGACACGAAUGGCGAUUGCUGCUGCAGGACUCAGUGAAGAGACGCUCGCUCCAAACGAACUGUUCGAGCAGUGGGAGAAACGCAUGCGUGACAUGUCGGACCGCGUCGAGGAAAUCCCGGGAAGCCUCGAGGUGCUGAGUGCUCUGCACGCGCGUGGCAUCCCCUUGGCCCUGGCCACGUCCAAUAGCAAGAGCGUUGUCGAGGCUAAAAUGACGCACCACCGCAAAUUGUUCUCGUUCUUUUCGGUCAUUGUGUGUGGCGACGAUCCGGCUGUGAAGAGAGGGAAGCCGGCACCAGACAUUUUCCGAGCUGCAGGCCAGCGUCUCUUUGGCCUGCAAGAGGGAGAGGACGGCGACAAACCACCGCUGUGCCUCGUGUUUGAAGACUCGGUAAAUGGCUACACUGCGGCCAAUGCUGCGGGUAUGCACAGCAUUGCGAUCCCUGACGUUCGUAUCUACACGGAAAACGAGAAGAGAAUUGAGCUAUUUGGCAAAGCGGACGAAGUGAUCUUGUCGUUCGCGCAGUUCCAUAUUGACAAUUACGACUGGCAACUGUGA